UAUAGGAAGGGUCUUUGAAGUUACCUCAAUCUUACAUACUAUUUUCUCAUUAUACAAAGACUAAUCAUAUGGCAAAUACCGUGCGUUUGUUCUCAAUUGGUUUUCUUCUCCUUUUGUUGCUAUUAGUCAAUGAGAUGGGUCCAAAUGUAGUAGUGGCGCAGGAAGAGGGUGGAGGCGGAGGUGAAGGCGGAGGAGAAGGCGGAGGAGAAGGCGGAGGUGAAGGCGGAGGAGAAGGUGGAGGUGAAGGCGGGGGAGAAGGCGGGGGUGAAGGGGGAGGAGAAGGCGGGGGAGAAGGCGGAGGAGGAAGGAGUUGUGAGUCCCCGAGCCAAAAGUUCAGAGGGAUGUGCAUGAACGCCAACAAUUGUGCUGCCGUUUGCGAAUCUGAAGGCUUUACCGGUGGUAAAUGCAAAGGACUACGUCGUCGCUGCAUUUGCAUUAAGGAUUGUGAUUAAUUAAUGAAUUAUUACUAUCAUACAGCUCAUAAAAUAAUUAGGAUAAAUUAAAAAUUAUUAAUUUUAUCUAAUAUAAUAUUAUGUUGCAAUUCAGUGUCCAUGA